AUGGCUCAGCAACCAUCUCGUCACACCGUGGAAUGGAUCAAGCAGCAGCAGGCCGAAGCGGGGGUCGCUGCCCGAAAGGCGCGUAAGCUACGGCCAAAACUACCGAUCUGGCUGGAUGACUUUCCGCAAAACGAUUCAGAUGCAUUCGACAGAAUCCCUGAGCGAGUUCCAUUACCUGAGUCUCGCGAUGCAUCGUCCACGGCCAGUGACCCUGGAGAAAGAGAUGGAAAUGCAGCGAGGCCUUCCCUGGAGGCGAUUGAUCGCGAUGACACCUUCGUCCAGCCUUGGUCUAUUCCAUUGCCGCCAUCACCGCCGCCGUCACCAGGACAGCAGCGAGCACAGCGGCCGGCGGCCAAAGAACUGAAAAGGGGAAAACGCCCACCCCGUGAGCCCUACUAUCGCGUUCUGGACCGCGCAGAAAACCUAUUCGACCACAUCAAGCACGGCAAUAUCCGCAAGUUUCCCCGCGUGGAGAGAACCUCCAUCACGCUGUACGAGUACUACGACGAUAACAGGGCGUUCAGGAUAGAGCUAGAGAGCGCUCUCGCGAUCUCCGGCUUCCGGGACAUGCGGGAGGGGUUGAAAGGGCGCGUCUUUCUCGUUGAGGAUCUGUCCAGGGAAACUAUCGACGCCUUGGGGGAGACGUUUGGGAUCACCCCCGAGUUCUUCGAGGAACAUCUGUUGAACUCUGGGUACGGUGGCGCGCAGUAUGAUGAUCCACCGGCACGGUCAUGGAAGACGGCUAGGUUGAACAAGUCGUAUGUGUCGAUCCAGUGGUUUCGGCCCGUGUAUCGUCGUCCACCAUUAUUUUCCAAUCGCGACCGGGAAGACCUGCUUGAUUUGCAGGGUGAUGGGUUAGAGUAUAUCUCCGGCAAUUCAAGCAUUAGUCUCAAAGCCGAGACAAAUAUAUUUCGCUCCGAGUGGGAUCUGCGCGUUGAUCCGCGCGUGGCGGCACAGGAGAUGAGCGAGUUUGGGUUGGUGGAACGGGCGUCGAUUUGGAGACAGCAGGCUGAGAAUAUGGAGUAUGAAACUGUUAUCGUCUUGCUUGAUCCGCUGCCGACGAUUAGCAUCAGCCAUGAUGUGACACUUCAGAUCCCCAAAGUCACCAUGGUCGAGCCUGGCGAUCGUGAUGAUCAUGGUACCGGAAAUAACGAUGGAACGAGAACUCGACCAGUCCUGAUAAUCGGGGGCGAUGAUACGGCUGGGGGCUUUGCGAUUCCGAUCGAAAACCCACGACGAGAGGAGACACCACGCCCGGUAUUGGACUGGCUGCUCAGGCGACGCAGACCAGAAGUUGAUAGAAGGAAGGUGAACGUGAAGACGAGCUUCCAGGUUUUGGUCAAGCAGAUGGCUCCCCGAAAGACCAUUAGAAUUGACCUGGAGAAGGCCUUUCUGACAGGUGAUUCCCUGAGCAGGCUCCAGGAGGAACUCAACGAGACAAGCUCCACUGGGCACGCAAUGCGAGAUAUAAUAGAGGACAUGUUUAGGGAAGAUACAGUGCCUGUCAGCGUACCAGAUACGUUGUUUGAGAUCAUUGGUCAAGACACGUCGACUUUGCUCCGGGUGCUCAGCGAGAUCCUAAGCGACAUGGAGGUCGAUAUUCUCGACGACACGAAGAUGGAAGAUCGACUGGCAUUGUGGCGUCAGCUCAUCAGUAAAGCCGAGCGAGAGCUGUUGGAACUCAAAACAUCUACCAGGAGCUUUCUGGCUUUCUUUGGUUUCGCAUUUCCAGCCGGUACAUCUGCAGCAACCUCAGACGACAACCCAGACAUUAUAAGAAAGGUGGCAGCUCUCUUCGGGGAGAUCGACCAGAUGCUCACCAGACUCCGGCGUGCGUCUUCAUCCUUGACAUCCAAUAUGGGUCUCUUGGACAGUCGACGCUCCAUCGAUGAAGCGCACGCCGUCACGCGCCUCACCGAGCUCGCAUUUCUCUUCAUUCCGCUAUCGUUUUCAGCAACUAUCUUUGGGAUGCAGAUCGAGCCAUUCAAAGACUCGGCCCCGCUGUGGAACUUUUUCGUGGUUGCCAUUACUGUGACCACAUUCGCAUACCUAAUGCGACUCACAAUGCGCAGUCAAUGGCUGGGAAAUGUGAAGCAGAGCGUGAAGCAGGAUGUUAGACGCUACGCGGAGCAACACGGUCUUCCGGUGCAAGUACGGUCUCUGUCGAUGCUGUUACUCUUGCAAUGGUUCGGAAGCACAGUCGAGCGGAGCAUCAAAGUAACCUGGUCCUGGAUAGGCAGGAAGGGCCGUACGGCUGGGAUCGAGUUAUGGAGGGUGGUCGGGUUCCCAGUCAGUUUUACCCUGCUUAUCGGCACUGUUGCAGCAGCACCUAUCGCCGUUCUCUGGACCCGGGCUAUCGACCGAGGUGUGCAGGGCGCAGUUACCCUUGUAAUCAUACUUGCCCUCCUAGGCUUCGUGGGUGUACCCUACUGGCGCAGGUCCGAUCCCAAUUUUCGCUCUGCUUUCCCGAAACUCGUUAUGCGCCUGCUGAGGCGUAUUCCCUCAAAAACGCGCUCGUUGCUUCUCUGGGCCCUUGGAAUAGCAGCCUUUGUCGCAAUUCCGCUAGCAUUGAUCUGGACACGUCCACUGGCGUCGGGUAUUAAAGCCGGCCUGACUGCGGCCAUUCUGGUUAUUUUGCUGCCCUUUGUCUUCUUUCUUGGAUUGAGGGUCUUAUUUUAUAGGCCUAGGGCUGUAUCCGAUACAGGGGAGAGUUCCACUUCUGCCUCGUAUAUUUCAUAUUCGUAUGCGACAUCCCUCCCUGAUGUGGUGGCCACAGAGUCUACGAGCAGCCGCUCUCAGCGUACUCAUAAUCCUUGA